AAAUUAGCAUGUGGGAAGAGACUUCACAGUUUAUACAAAUAAGUACGCAACUAUUAGUAGUUGUUGACCUUUUUGUCUAAUUCAACAAGAUAAGCCUCUCUUCUACUUUUGUGAAAUUUUCCGUAAUCAAAUCCGUAAUCAGAUUUCCCCAUCAAUCGAUAAUUUUCUCUCGCCGCGUUUUCUAUUUUUCUCGCUCUUCCCUUUUAAUUUUCAUCCCAUUUUCUUGAAGGAGAUUUCUAAUUAUUCUGUGAUCUAAAGUCUGAAGCUUUGUUUGGUUGCAUCUCGAUGAUGAUGAUGAUGAUGGUUGAUUGUAAAUGGGUAGUUUCGGUUUGGUUGUAGCAGAAGCUAAGUUUGUCAAGUUAAUAAGAGUAUUUUAGUUUUUUUUUUGUUAAAUCGAUUUGUGGGUUCAUCAUCCUACGAUCGAAAGUUUCCAUCUUUGAUAAUUUGAGAUUCUGGGGAUUUUUACUAGAAUUUCUAGUUUUUUUUUUGGUUUGUUGAUUUCGUAGCUAGAAGAAAUCGAUCUAGGUGUGUAUAUAUAUAUCUAUUCAAUCGAAUUUUAGUGAAUCGAUUGGCGAUCUUGGUGAGAGUAAUUUCAGAGAGAUCAAGGUUACUAGAGCACCAAUAAAAACACUUAUUUGGAUUGGGAGAUAGAAAAAUGGAUCGUGUGGUUGGUGGUAAGUUCAAGCUCGGACGAAAGCUUGGAAGUGGCUCAUUUGGUGAAAUUUUCCUAGGAGUGAAUGUACAAACUGGAGAAGAAGUGGCUGUUAAGCUUGAACCUCUCCGAGCUAGGCAUCCUCAGCUUCAUUACGAGUCAAAGCUUUAUAUGCUUCUCCAAGGAGGAACUGGUAUUCCUCACCUCAAAUGGUUUGGUGUUGAGGGUGAAUUCAACUGUAUGGUGAUCGACCUUCUCGGUCCUAGUAUGGAAGAAUUUUUCAACUAUUGCAGUCGAUCCUUCUCUCUUAAGACAGUUCUAAUGCUCGCAGAUCAAAUGAUAAAUAGAGUGGAGUAUAUGCAUGUUAAAGGCUUCCUUCAUCGUGAUAUUAAGCCAGAUAACUUUUUGAUGGGUCUUGGACGCAAAGCAAACCAGGUGUACAUCAUUGACUAUGGGCUUGCCAAGAAGUAUAGAGAUCUUCAAACACACAAGCAUAUUCCAUACAGGGAAAACAAGAACCUUACUGGAACAGCUCGAUAUGCAAGUGUUAACACCCAUCUUGGAAUUGAGCAAAGUAGAAGGGAUGAUCUGGAAUCUCUAGGCUAUCUGCUUAUGUAUUUUCUUCGAGGAAGCCUUCCUUGGCAAGGCCUUCGUGCAGGUACCAAAAAGCAGAAGUAUGACAAGAUCAGUGAAAAGAAAAGACUAACACCAGUGGAGGUCCUCUGUAAAAACUUUCCACCUGAGUUCACAUCGUAUUUUCUCUAUGUGCGUUCACUACGGUUUGAAGACAAACCAGAUUAUUCAUACCUAAAGAGGCUUUUCAGAGACCUAUUUAUCCGAGAAGGUUAUCAGUUUGACUAUGUAUUUGAUUGGACAAUAUUGAGGUAUCCACAGUUCGGCUCCAGUUCCAGCUCGAAUUCCAAACCAAGACCAACUUUAAGACCAGCUAUGAAUAUUCCAGUACCAUCUGCCGACAAAGCGGAAAAGCCUCCAAUUGGACAGGACAGCCGUGAGAGGUUCUCAGGUGUUUUCGAGGCAUACACCAGAAGAAAUGGCUCAGGAACCGGCGUUCAAGCUGAUCAGUCUAGUAGACCAAGAACCUCAGAGAAUGUUCUUGCAUCCAAGGACACGCAAAACCAGGAGAGACCAAACUCUUUAUCUAGGAACCUGAGUUCGUCAAGAAAAGCAAUUGCUGGGUCAAGUGUUCGAGCCACUUCCUCAGCUGAUUUCACAGAGAAUCGAUUAAGCAGACUCAUCCCAAACAAUGAUCGGUCUUCUACAACUCUGAGGACCCAGUUCGCUCCUUCGUCCUCCUCAGUAGCCACAAAAGCUGCACCAACGAGAGCCGCUCGUGACAUUACCCUCCAGAGCCUUGAGCUCCUCAGUAUUGGGAACAGCAAGAGGAAGUGACUGUCUGCAUUUUGCCGCCCGCCAGGUUCACAGUUGGAUCAUCUUUUAUCCAUCUUUGUUUCAGAAAUUAUUGGUAAGUAAGAAACAAACAUGAUUUGUUAAAAGAUAUAAAUAUAUAUUAUACAUGGCUUUUCUUCGUAAGAUCAGUGUUGUUCAAUUUAUAUUAUUCUCUCUAGCGCCAAUAAUUUUAUGGCAAUCAUAAUCAAUAAUGUGUCUGAACUCUAAAAGAGUUUGAAACAAGCCAAUCUUGCAAUUACAAUGAAUUUAAUUUCUCUUAACAGAUAAAAAAUAUAUAAAUAUACUUUAAUUUUGCUGACUUUUUAAAUUAUUUCUUAUUAUGUAUCC